CACAGAACAGGCGUGCUGAGACUAAUCCCACUGAAUGCCCUGCUCACAGGAAGGCUCCAUAACAGACACCGAGCGGCUUUAGACAGGCAGCCGUGGAAAAGAUACGCGAUCAGCUCCUCUACCGGAGAGGAUUGGAUGCGCGAAUGGGUUAUGAGUCGAUGCGCCUGCUCAGGAAUACAUUCAAGGAUAUAAUCCUUUUGAGAUUUAAAAGUGUUUCACUCCGUGCAUACUGUCAUUCCUCAUCUUUGCUUUUCUGCAUUAGCAGCAUUCCGCCCUCAGCCAUAUGGCAGACUGUCCCAACUGGGUGAUAAUGUGCAUGUGUGUGAAUGUUGACUAGGUUCCUCUUGUAGCAGGUGGCUCAGGAGAUAAUCCAGGAAGAGGGUGAAAAAAGAGGCUGCGUGAAUCAUUGUUGCUAGCUAUCCUGGACCGCGCAUGAGUGCGCCUCAGUGGAGAAUGUAGCAUCGGCCCUCCAGUCGAGCCAAGGAUACGCGCCGCCAUGGGAGAAGCUCAGAAGAGUAGUGGUGUGAUCCAACCCCAGGGCUUACUCUCCGUCAUUGAGAAACUAAAAGGAAACAGUGAGCAGGAAGUGCGAAUAGUUCUUCUGGGUUUGGACAAUGCCGGCAAGACCACGCUGCUCAAGAGCCUCGCCUCUGAAGAUGUCAACACCAUCACACCCACGCAGGGAUUCAACAUCAAGAGCGUUGCCUCUCACGGGAUGAAGCUCAACGUGUGGGAUAUCGGAGGGCAGAGGAAAAUCAGACCUUUCUGGAAAAAGUAUCUGGAGAACACUGAUCUGUUGAUUUAUGUUAUUGACAGUGCAGACAAAAAGCGAUUUGAAGAAACUGGACUGGAGUUAUCCGAGCUGAUAGAUGAGGAGAACCUGAAGGGCGUUCCGGUGCUCAUCUUUGCUAAUAAGCAAGAUUUGGCCACAGCAUCACCGGCCAGCGAGAUCGCCGAGGGACUCAACCUUCAUACAUACAGAGACCGCGAGUGGCAGAUUCAGGCCUGCUCGGCCGUGUCUGGAGAAGGAGUUCAGGACGGGAUGAACUGGAUUUGCAACAACAUCAUGAAUAAGAAGAAGUGAGCCCAAACGACAUGAAGCAGACAGCUAGCAUCAUUAUCAUAUCACAACACACACACGCACUCACACAACAGAUGUGAAUAAUUUGUUUUUGUCAUGCUAUUAGUGUUUUAGGCUAUGAUAAGUAAGUUAGGUUUCUGCAGUGUUUAUCAAUGCGGAAUGUUUCUGCCCCCUCAUCCAUCAAAUCCUUGUCUGGUGAUCCUGUGAAACUAUGUAAACUUUGCUUAAAUGUGUUAGAACCGUUGCUGUCGGUAACAUUCAUACUGUAGUUCGGUGUGGGUGCAAUGUGUCUUUUGGAAAUUUUUGACAAUAAAAUUUUUCGCCCAUCUUU